GAGCUGGCUCUUCCACGGACAAGAGGGGGUGCCAACGUACUUCGCCAAAGGCAAGCGCCUCGUGGAUUCCAAGCACAAGAGCAUCAAGAAGGCCUGCAGUCCAGAGGAGUGCGACCGCCCAGAGGAGAUGUCUCUCCCGGAGGGCAACAGCAAGGGCUACUACGAGGUCUGCCUGAAGUGCGGAGCGCGCUGGGAGAGGAUCCCGCACUACGGCGAGGCGCCGGGCGGGGGGAAGGUCAAAUCGGAAAAGAACGCCGAGCCGGUGACAGCGGCAGUGGCGCAGAAGCCUACAGUGCCAUCAUGCCCAGUUCAUGCAGCCCCGAUGGAGAAGGUCUGGGAUCGUUACGAGAAGAAGUACUGCUAUCUCUGCACGAUACGAGGUGUAUACCAUCUCGUCGAGCGACGAGGAGAUGCGAUCGGGGGUCUCGUCUACUUCGGGCGCCUUGACGACGGCAACAAGACGGAUAUCGUGAUCACCGUGACGUCGGCCAACUCGGACGGCUUCGCGAACGGCGACCUCUUCGGCGACCACUUCGGCGUCGGCUACAUGAACAGGAAUUCGGACCAGUUCGAUUACAUCACAGAGAAGCGCGAGUCCGACACUACGGACCGCGUCGACAUCUUCAAGAUCAAUACUGGCGCGAUCACCAGCGUACUGUUCGAUGACGAGGGACAGGGUGUUGUCUCAAAAGGCCUUCGACGAGAACUCCGUCGUAGCCUAGCGAAGCUCUCCAAGAAGGGUGCCGACGUCACCGAGGUCUACAGCCGGCCGAGAGUCACCCAGUAUUGUCGACAUCACGGUCUUCAACCUGGGAGCGCGCUUGACCUCGCCAAUGGCAUCGACUUCACGAAGGUCUGGAGCCGCAUCCGUGACUUGUCAAACUACAAGCGCGACCAGGACAUUGCGAGCAGCGAAGAGCAUGAAGGACUCCAACAUCUUGAGCUCAGUGCCGCGCUAGCCCGUGAACAACACGAACGAGGCGGACUAUUCCUCUUCGAGCAACCAGCCUACGCCCGGUCUUGGGAUGUUCCGUGUAUCCAAGCGCUUGCCGACACCGACGGCAUUGGAUGGGUCAAUGCAGACAUGUGCGAGUUCAACCUUCACGCCGACGGCGGCAAGCUCAACCGGAAGCCGACGGGCAUCCUCAGCAACAGCACGGAGGUUCUCAAGGCAGUUUGCAGGCGAUGCACACACCGCAGCUCGGACCACGACCAGCUUGUCGGCAGCAAGUGCACCAGGCUCGCUCAUGAGUACACUCCACAGUUCUGCCGCGCCAUCCUUAGAGGUCUUGUCAAGCAUCUCAAGGGCGCCGGCAUCAUCAAGCACACCGAGGACGAGAAGAUUUUUGUGGACAUUCAGCCGUGCUUCUACCAGUACUCGAACGUUGUGGAGUACACCGCCGAGGAGUACAUUCCGCACAUCAUCGACGAUUUCUUUCAGGCGAUUGCGGAGGACCAGAUUCAGAUCGGGGUGUACCCAGCGCUCGAUACGAUCAACGAGGAGACGGCGGAGGGCGAAAGCCUUGGACCUGAUUUUGGAGAUCCGAGCCUAGAACCUGACGGAGAUGAAGAUGAACCAGAUACCGAAACCACGGAGAUACCGACGCCGUUACACCAACGUUUUAUAUUACGUGCCCACAACAAUAUGGGACAUCCAGAGCUUCGAGAUUUCACCCGGAUGUUCUACACUACACCUUCCAUGGAGUACCAGAGGGCCCAGGCUAUGAGGCAAGCAGCUAUGCAUUCAGCCGUCAGCCUCAGUGACCAGCAGACCAUGCAGAAAUCACCCAGGAGCCGUAUGCGUAAGGAGCAGGAGCCGUUGAAGGAUGGUGAGGUGGUGUUUAUCUGGAGGCGAGUUACAGUUCGACAGUCCGACGGGAGCAUCGAUUACAAAGUGGUAUGGAGCGGACCGGCUACGGUUGUCUCUACCACUCAGAAUGGAUCUACGGUAUUCGCCUACAUGCGUGGUGUCCUCAAGUGUGCCAGGAUCCAGGUUCGGGCAUCUACUAACGAGGAGAGCAUGGGUGCCGAGAUCGUCAACGAGAUGCUCCACAGUCUCAAAGAGAGGCUCAACCAGGUUCACCAGCAGCGGGGGUUCAGGGACAUCAGCGGAGAUGGAGAGCCGCCGCAGGAGGACGAGCUCCACCACAUGAAGGCGCAGAAGGAGGCGAUGAGGAAGUUUCCAGGCAGAGCAGCCAGCAGCCCGAGAGUGAACCUCGGGCUCCCUCAUCUGAUCAAGGUUCACAAGCAAGCCAAGGUUCGACGACAUGGAGCUGGACCGCCAGAGAUUGGCAUCAUCAUCAGCGUCGAGUUCAGGACGUACUGCGGCAGGUACAGUAGCUCCAUGGCCAGCUCCGUCUGGGUUCACUACACCAAGCGCCGGUUCGUAGAGGUUUGUGACUUCACGACGGGCACCUACACGAACUUCAAUGACGCCGAAAAGAGCGAUUUCAUUGCUAUGGAUGAGGUGUGGAACUACAGAAGGCUCGAGAGUGGGCCGUGGCGACCAGUCACAGGCUUCGACAAUGACAAGCACGUUGCGUUCAGCAUCGAGGAUUCUUGGGCGUGCCUCAGCUACCGCGGGAACUUCUAUAUCAUGAAGGCCAAGUCCGAGGCGGCAGAGAUCAAGCACAACACCAUCAGCGACGACGACUGGGAGUUCGAGGCUAACGUGGGCGACGUUGCGACCGCGUUCAUGCAGGGCGAUCCGAGCAAGAGGACUAAGCCGCUGUACGCCGAGCCGCCACCAGGAGGAUACCUUGAAGCACUUGGAGUACCACCAGGUAGCCUCAUUCGUUUAGAUCGUGAAGUUUACGGACUUGUCAGCGGAAUGGCAGCACGGAGGAGUACAAUGGUUGAUCGUCUCAGCAAGCUCGACUACCGCAUGAGCAUCUACGAUCCCUGCUUGUUCUGCCUCUUCAAUAACGAGCAGCAUGGCAAGGAUGACGACUACAUCGUGCAGGGCAUUGUGGUUCUUGAAGUUGAUGACACGCUGUCUGGAGGCAACGAGAAGCACAUUGACAAGAUGAACCAGCUCAAGUCCAUGAUCAAAUUCGGUCACUGGCAUCAUCUAUAUCGUGCUGGUCCACAUUAUUUUGCUGGCCGACGGUUUUCACGGGAGAAGGAUUUCGGCUUCCGCAUUGAGAUGGAGCGGUAUAUCGAGGAGAAGUUGAAUCCGAUCGAGCUCAAGCGUGGUAGAUUGUCAGAUUCCAAGGGCCAACCUACAUAA